AUGUUUACACUGCUUGUACUUUAAACAGCUUGUCAACUUUCUUUUAUCAUUAGGUCACACUGUUAUUUCUUAUAAACAAUACAGGUUUUAAUCUAAACUGGGACAAUAAUUUUGUCUGCUGACUGUACGACUUUUGACCGGAAACAGCAGCAUUUCCGGUUCCAGAGGCGCCAAAAAGAAAAACGAGACUGAAGUUUGUUUCUGUUACAGCCUCCUGUUCACUGAGAGAGAAUAAGAACACAAACGUGAAUGUAACAUUACUUCUGGACUGUUUUACUCUUUAACCCGAACUACUGGUUUUUCUAGGUGUAGGAUGUCAAGAGGACCACAGUUCAAGUAUCCACUGUGAUACAUCUGUGAAGUGUCCUUGAGCAAGUCACUGAAUUUCUAACAUCUCCUGGGCGCUGCACUGUAGCUGACCUCCAACCUUGGUUUGGAAGUAGAUGUUACUGUGGGUGCAAUAAAGGGUCACAAACAGUAUAAGUUGUUUAUAAGCUCUUGAGGAUGAAGAAGUGGGGCGACAGACUGAAGAAGAUUGAGCAGCUUGCUCAGUCGUUCCAGCUGAAUCCCCUGGCCUCGCACUACAAACCUCGGCUGUGGCCGUGCCAGCCAUCCUCCGUAUGGAAGCUUUUCCCUCGCCAAAUUAUGGCGAUCAGCUUCGCACAGAGCUGCAAAGAGGCCGUACAUGUGUUUGCACUUGAAAAAGAAAAGACCCCCCUGGGGCAAAGGAUCUACCUGGUUACCAGUUACAGUGAGCUGUGGCAUUACUACAGGACUUACACACAGUCUUUGAUGCACUGCUAUGAGGUGAUACCAGAGGGUGCUGUUUGUAAGCUUUACUUUGACUUGGAGUUCCACAAGCCCUCAAACAAAGGAGCUGAUGGGAAGACAAUGGUGUCUUCACUUAUCCAGUAUAUUUGUGACAAGCUGAUGGAAGUUUAUGGGGUUGAAUGCACCACAAAAAAUGUCCUCAAUCUUGACUCCAGCACGGAAGAGAAGUUCAGUCGACAUCUCAUCUUCAAUCUCAGAAAUGCAGCUUUCAAAGACAACAUACAUAUGGGUAGGUUUAUCCAUGCAAUACUUCAACCAGUCCUGAGCAAAAGUGGAAGUUCCCCAGAUGUUGGAAUGAAUUCAUUAGAAGAAAACGGUGAAACACGCAGGACGCAUGCUGUUUCUGGGGGGAAGUCGGCCAAGGCCGGUGAGGUACCUGAAAGUCCACAGACCAAGAAACGCAAGUUGGAAGAGAGAGACCUCGGGUUCCUCCUGGUGAAAAACAAGGAUGGCCAAGACAGUCUCUUUGUUGAUCUUGGUGUUUACACCAAGAACAGAAAUUUCCGCCUUUACAAGUCCUCAAAAGUGGGGAAAAAUGCUGCAUUUACGGUGGCGGACGACAACAAGUUUAUUGCCAAACCUGAGAAGGGAAUUUCUGUGGAGGAGAGUGUAUUCUUGGCUUCCUUGGUCUGUAAUUUGAGUUUUACAGGUCAGAGAAUUCUUACUUGGGACGUACCAGAAACAAAAGAAGCCAAAACAUUGAGGUCCCCUUGCCAGCAGGGAUCAUCCACAAAUCCAGACUCACUUUCUGGCUGCCUGUCGUCCCCUCAUCAAGAAGUGGACAGCUUUGUAUUAACUGUGGUUAAAAAGGACGGCAUACAUGGAAGCAUCAGACGAUGGAACUACUUUGCUGCUGAACAACUGCUCGUCUACGACAUCGCAAAAUACCGCUGGUGUGAGAACGUGAAACGGUUUCAUAAAAGCAACAACAUCAUGAUCGUUGUGGAUCUCAAAGAGGAAGUGUGGUACCAGAAGUGUCACGAUCCUGAAUGCAAGAACUUCAGGUCCUCAAGUUACCCACUGCCCCAGGAGAUCUGUAUCGGCUACAUCAUGACCCUGGAUGAUGAAGACCAGGAUUACUUAAUGGACGAUGCUGGCAACAUUGAACCCAGCCAGAGACCAAACCUGGUCCCACAGAGCCCAGUGUGUCCAGAGAAGGAACCUGCUGAUGUGUGGGGAGACGGACAGGAUGACCAGGACUAUUUGGAGAGCCUGGACGACUUUGAACAAAACAACGGGGAUGUCUCUGAUCAGCUUCUGCUCAAAUCUUUGGAAGAUUUUGAUUCCAAGUAGACGGUGAGGUUUGAUGUUUUGCACUGGCUGUACAGCAAAUGGUAACCCUUUACCAUUAAGUCCUCCUAUUUAGAAUUUUUAAGCAGCAUAAAACAAAUGGUUUAUAACACUGGUUGGAAGCAGUUACAAGAGUUUAUUUUAUGUAUUUGUCAAUAACUCUCCUGUGGGCAUAAAUAAGUGAAGCCAGACAAUAAAAUACAAUAUAUUAACACAUUUAUGUAAUAAAUAAUAUAAAAUAUGUAAUAAUGAGAAGUCACUCGUUAACAAUUUAUGUACAUUAACACUUAAUAUUAUUUAAGCUUUAUAUUACUAAAUUAGCGUUAUAAAACAUUUCUUAAACGUUUCAAUAGUGCUUAUAAAUGAUAAGUAUAGGCCCUUAAAGUGUUGCCAAGAUACACAGAUUAAUGCACUUUAUUGACAAUUUCCCAUUAUAAAAGACAGAAACUGAAUACCAAAGUUUUGGAAGAAAGUAUUUAUUUGGUACACUUGACAAACAAAGCUACUGUACUUAAAUCCAGCACAAAACUGCACCUUUGCCCUUUUCAUAUCAUAAAAAAAAAGAAAGAAAAGAACAAUAUGGCUUGAAAUGUCAAGUGGCCUCAACAUGAUUAGUGUGUAUUGAUCAUAUUUCAGUCAAAACAUCUAAAUUCAACCAAACUUUGUGUCAAACAGCUGAAUUGCUGCUCUGGUUCACACAAGACUGGUGGUUUUCAUGGACCAUCAGUGAAAUGUUAAUGGCAAAUGCUGGCACGGACAUUUAAUUCAUUUUGAAAAACCGGCUUCUUUAAAUGAUCCUUGAGAAACCAGUGUUCCAAAUAUCAACCCUGAAGAAUUGUGCAUUACACAAAUGACAGUAUGCAGCUUUUAUCCAACAGCCUGUGGCACAGAAAUCUGAUUAUCUAAAAAGGAGGAAAUUCAUGUAUACAUUAUAGUAACAUUAAAUACUUUCCAUGCAAUGUUGAAGGAAAACAAAAACAACCAAGAAGGCACAAGAAGUUCGUCAAGCAACAAGAUUCCCAAUAUGCUAUCAACUAAACUGUGCACUAACACCGGUUUUAUCUGUCCUUUAGCCUACAGCAUUGAGAAACAUGGGAAUGCAGGGAAGGCACGAUACUCUGCAUACAAAUAGACUCUUUAGCAGAUACACUAUUUACAGGUUUAAUGAUUACAUUAAAUAUCAACUUAAAUAGGUGACCAAAACAUUAAAUAGUCUGCUAUAUAAAUACUCAAUAUUUGUCACCGGUGUGAACGCAUGUUUAUAGGAUUUUCUCUGCAGCUCCCAAUAAUAAUAAUAAUAAUAAUAAUAAUAAAAUAAUAAUAAUUAUUAAUUUUAAAAAAAGAACUAGCACAAAUGUUUUCAAGGGAUGGAUCUUUCUGACCAUGAAGUAGUCAGACUUAAUGGCAGUUGAGCAAAUCACAUUUCCUCUUUUGUGUUUUUUAACCCUUGGAUAAAUUAUACCAGUAACAUGACGGCAUGUUCUGGGAUAUUCUGAACUAAUUAGCCAGGUGUAGCUGGGCAAAUUCAGUGGAAAAAUUAUUUGAUUUAGCUGGAACAAUACAUACUUCAGAUAAAUAUCCACUAUUCAGUUUGUUUGAAAGCAAUCCCCACAGAAUUGUGAAGGCUGUGACUGGUAGAAAAAUAAAUUGACUUUCCCCUCGAUACACUAUUUGGUUCUGGCUGUGUGCUACAGUACUCCUCGAUCCCAGUUUACAUCUUAAUUUUGGCAUAGAGCUCAUCAAUUUGUUCUCUGAAGUGGCUCCGAAGCUCGGUCCUCUUGGCCUUCAGGGUUGGUGUCAGCAGGCCGUUCUGGACAGAAAACAUCUCAGGAUGUAAUGCAAUGUCUCUCACCUGCAGACGAAAAAAAAAUAACAAAAAAUUAAUGAUAUAUAUAUGAACAAAGAGUAUAAUUGUGAUUAAUCUGCUGAUUAAUCAUUUGUUUCAUUGUGUCCAAAACUUGUGAAAAAUGCCCGCGGUGUUGGCUUAAAAUUCCUUGUUUGUGUAACCAAUGAAGUGAAGAAAAGCUUUUUGCUUGAAAAAUUACUAAUAGAUUAUCAAAGAAGUUGGUUAGUUAUUCAGUCAGUCAAUAAAAUAGAUAUUUUAGCUCUAAUUUCAAUCAUUAUUGAGUCAAAUAUGUUGUUGCCAGAUCAAAUGCAGCAGAAUGAAAAAUUUAGAACUUUAAACUUCAAACACGGCAACAAUCACCUGCUCAAAAGACUUGAGUCCUGCUUCUUUGCCCAACCUCAAGAUGUCCUCCAGAAUGGCAGUCUUCACAUCCUAAAAACAGAAAAGUGUUAGCAUUCAUAGCAUGUGGGACUGUGUGUGUUUGGACUGCUGAUAUUAAUGAAUCUCACCUGAUUUUUGCACAGUUCAGAGUAGGACCCUUCAAUCCCCUUUUUCUUGAUCCAAAUAGGUAAAAAGUCUGGAUCAGGUACCACUAUCCCCACAAGGCAUGCCUGAAAAAGACAACACAGAUACCAGGAAGAUCAGUGCCGUGCAAAUUUUAACAAACUACAAACUGCACUGUGUUUUAUGAUAAGAAUAUCUGACAUUCACUGCGUUACCAGUUUUACAUUAAUAACUUGCCUGUAAACUGUCACCGUGAACAAAUAUCUGGGCCACUGGAUCACUGAGAUUAUAGACAGUUUCUAUUUUCUCAGGGGCGAUGUAUUCUCCUUGUGCCAGUUUGAAAAUAUGUUUCUUUCUGUCAGUGAUCUUCAGGGUGCCAUUCUGCAACAAACACAACUUUAUAAAUUAAGGUUGCAACUGAUGAUUUGCCACUAGACUUAAUAGAUCUACCCAGAAUAACAAUAAUCAAAGAUCAAUAGUGCCCUUCAGUCUGUUUUGCUUACAGGAAGCCAUUUCCCAAUGUCUCCUGUGUGCAGCCAUCCGUCCUUGUCAAUGGCCUCCUCUGUUUUCUCGGGAUCUUUCAGGUAUCCCUGGAAUACAUUUGGUCCUUUGAUACACACCUAGAUGGACAGAUAACAUGGAUGGAAAAAAAAUUGCAUCUACAUUAACACACAUGUAAAGGUAUCACAUUUAUAUCUAUGCUAGUGGGUUGACUUUACAGGCUUUAAAAUGUAUUACUUGUGUUCAUCAUGAUUUAAAUUGGCUUCUUUAGUUUCCUCUGAAGUCAAGUGUGUUUUACUUUUAAUAAUAUAACAACAAUAAUAAUAAUUGUUGUUUGUAGGAUAAAUUCACUGUUUUUUUUGGUCUUUGAAGGGAAAUCUUUGUUUAUAUUAAUAAGUUAAAAUAAUACUAUUAAGUAUUUUAGUAAGCAUUUAUAGGAAAUUCUGUUUUUGAAUACAAAGCAAAUAAAUACAUUUUCCCACCCA